CAUUUUUGCAGCUGUCAGAUCAAGACCAAACGGCAAAAACAACAACUUGUUAAAGAAGUAACACAGGGAAAUUAUGGUCUUCGUCGUAAUAAUGGGCGUCUAAUACACAUAUAUGUAGUACUCAUCGCCUGACACCUUUGAUUGCUAUACCAUCAUCACCAUGGAGACUACCAACUAUGUGUUGAUCCAUGGGAAGAACAUAUCCCAUAACACCCUGACAGGCGCUGCAGCAGGGCCGCACAUGUCCAUUGAUAAGCUUUUCCCAGCUCUCCUUGAAUGUUUUGGCAUCAUACUGUGUGGUUAUAUAGCUGGCAGGGCUGAUAUCAUCACAGAGAGUCAGGCAAAGGGUUUGGGAAACUUUGUGUCUAAGUUUGCUCUUCCAGCUUUACUCUUUAAAAACAUGGUGUUGUUGGACUUUGGAGACGUCAUAUGGGCAUUUUUGUGGAGUGUCCUGGUUGCAAAGGUCACAGUGUUUGUGCUGGUAUGUGUGCUGACACUGAUGGUGGCCAGUCCAGACUGCAGAUACAGCAAAGCUGGUCUGUAUGCCAUCUUUGCUACUCAGAGUAAUGACUUUGCCUUGGGAUACCCAAUAGUUGAUGCUUUGUAUCGAAGCACGUAUCCAGAAUAUCUCCAGUAUAUAUACCUUGUUGCCCCAGUCUCCCUCAUGCUUCUCAAUCCGAUCGGCUUCGCUCUUUGUGAGGUGCAGAGGUGGAGGCAGACUAGCCAUCCACAGCGCAGUAGUCUUGCCAUCAUGGGAGUUGUAGUCUUACAGGUGUUGAAGAACCCAAUAGUGUUCAUGGUGAUAGUGGGAAUCGUCUCCCACUUUGCCCUGGGCCAGCAGAUUCCUGCCGUGCUGUCGGAGUUCAUAGAUGGACUAGCUAACUCUUUUGGAGGCGCAGCUUUGUUCUACCUUGGCCUCACCAUGGUUGGCCAGCUUAGAAAACUGACCAGAGACACUGGAGUUGCCUUGAUACUCCUGAUCACAGCUAAACUCCUGGUGAUGCCGCUGGUCUGUAAAGACAUGGUUGACAUUUUGGAUGUUGGAGUGAAUAGCACGAGCGCCAACCACACAAGUUUGUCCAACUUUGCCUUUCUGUAUGGAGUCUUCCCAACUGCACCUAGUGUGGCCAUCUAUGCCGGACAUUAUAACAUAGAGUUAGAGGUGGUGACAUCAGGGAUGGUGAUCAGUACAUUUUUGUCUGCACCGAUCAUGUAUGUGUCAGCCUGGUUAUUGACGAUCCCUUUAAUGGACCCAACCCCCCUUGUGACAGAGCUGGAAAACAUUAGCUUCAACAUCAGUAUUGUCAGCCUCAUAGCACUGGUGUGGACCAUUGCUGUGAUGCUGCUGAGCAGAAAAUUUAACAGACUUCCUCAUCUCUUUUUGUUAAAUCUUUUCCUGGCUCAGUUCUUGGUGUGCGUCAGUAUGAUCUUAUGGAACUUCUUGGUGAAACAAGAGGAUAAUCUUGUUGGAAAAAUUCUCACCUUUACUAUGUUGUAUGGGUCUCUGUAUAGCACAUACAUUUGGACAGGUUUGAUCCCUCUCUGUCUGGCUUUGACUAACAGAGAUGAUCUGCUGAGACUCCGACCAGGAGUCUUCAUGAUUUUGGGUUGGGGGGUUCCUUUCCUUAUGGUUGGAUGUCUUCUGAUGUCGGGGGAGAGGACAGACACCAUAGACUCUGCUUUCUUCUAUGGAAGAGCUCAGAUAAUCAGCUCUGCAGUGGUUCUUGCAGUGAGCCUGGUUCUUGGUGCCAUAUCUCUGAUGGGUCUCAGCCAGGGAGACAAGGAGCAGAGUGGCUACCAGGCCCUGAGCAGAGCUACAGUAACAGAUGAGCUGAGGCCCCCUGGUGGUUUGGAGGAUCAACAACAGCAAACACAGAUGGCAAAUUCACCAGCCUGCAGUGUAAAUUCAGACCUCCACAGUUUCUCCUCUCUCCAGCCAAUACCAGACAUGAUAGCCAGCACUCAGAGGGAGCACACAAAUAGCACAGGCCACAGUGGGGUGCUGUGUGAUGGGCAGCAGCAACAAAGUUCUUCCACCUCAGAGCAGCCGUUGAAUCUGCCUCCACCAGGACUUCAGUCCACAGACGAUAAACAGACUGUAAGACAUGUUCUUCUCUGUCUGCUGCUCAUCAUCAGCCUGCUUGCGAAUCUGUCCAGCUGUUUGUGGUGGUUGUUCAACAAAGAUCCAGGAAGACUUUACCUGGAACUGCAGUUCUUCUGUGCUGUGGCAAACUAUGGACAGGGUUUCCUGUCCUUUGGAAUUUUUGGUCUGGACAGACACCUCAUCAUCUUGCCGUUCAAGAAGAGGUUGCUCAGCCUGUGGCAGGGCAGGGUCAGUGAGGAGCUGAGUCCAUCAGGUGUACCCGAGGAGGUCAGGCUCACUUGUACCCAGUUUGUCCGCUACCAUAAAGAUCAGUGUGUUCAAGACAUAGUACACACACGCAGGCCUAGAGAAGGACUAAAAGAGGAGAAUGGAGUUGGACAUUUUCCUUCCCUUCAUCCCCAUUAUGUGCACUCAGAUCAGGAUCCUCAGGAGCAGCAACAACAUGAGUCGCACCAAAAUCGCAAUCCAGCCCAAUCCAGCAGCCAAAGUUUUCAGUCCCUACACAGCCCAGAGGUAGAGGAUGAACACCAAGCAUAUAUAUCCACCUUUGAUGCACAUGAAGAGCAGAUAUCUCAGCUACUGUCUUACCAAACUUACAAUCCUGUCAGUCCUCAUCACCUACACUCAGACCAGUCCCGUCUGGAAAGCUUUUUUCGAGGCAGCGAUUUAGUCACCUGGCUGGUAGAACGAGGCCUGUGUGCAGGCCGAACUGAGGCCCAGUGUUACGGUGUUCACCUUCAGCAGGGAGGAGUGAUCCAUCAUCUGACAGGCCAGCACAGCUUUGAGGAUGAGCCCACCCUGCUGUACCACUUCACACUGGAUCAGAGAUGGUUGCAGAACAUGUGAGAGGAAGUUAGGAGACAGAAGAGAGACUUUUGUGGUACAAGUACCAUGGCUGAGUGCCAAAGCAGGAGUGCCUUAUGGUGCACUUUUUCCAGCAACCACAAACCACUGCAUUAUAUGGGAAACUUACAAAUUCUCUUCAGAAUCACAAAAAAAACAAAAAUAAAGGUUUUGGGUGGG